AGGUAAAGCCGUUACAACCGCAUCCCAUACCUUACUCCAACUCCACGGAAACUCUGUUCCCUCCUUUCCGAUAAGCAAAAAAUAAAUAAAAUACAAAUUGAAAUAGCCAUUUCCAUUUUCCACUUCUCUCUUCUCCACUCAGUGUUACUCAGUCUCCUUCCUCACUUCUCCAUCAACAUGGCGUCUCGGCUCGGCGCCUGUACCCCUCGCGGGUCCCACUUCCAUUUACUCAAACACAAACACCCACUCAUUCUACUGCUAGAGCAGAAGCGAACGGCACCGUUUGGGAGAACGAAGAUCGCGGGCAGGGGAAGUCUGCGGAUUAGGGUUUCCGAUGGUGGGGACUCGUACCUCAGCAUGUGGAAGAAGGCCGUGGAGAACGACAAGAAGACCGUCGAGUUCGAAAGGAUCGUCGAGAAAUCGAGUAAGAUCGAUGCUAAUGAUGAUCAGAGUGUUGAGCCUGUUGAGGAUUUGGAGAAGAAGAGUGAGGAGUUCGAGAAGAUUCUGGGGGUUUCCAAGGAAGAGAGGGAUCGGGUUCAGCGAAUGCAGGUUGUCGAUAGGGCUGCGGCGGCGAUCGCCGCGGCUCGCGCCAUUUUGGCGGACAAAAAUAAGAGUUUGAGGACUGAUCCCGGUUCAGGUGGUGGUAGCGGGGGAGCAGUGGAGCCUCGUCAAGAGGGAAGUGGGACACAGGUUAGAAGUGUAAUUGUUCCUCAAUCAGAAAUUUCAGGAACCGGGACUCCUGGCCCUGAUUUUUGGUCCUGGGCACCCCCUCAGGGUGGUGAUAAAAUUUCAGAUGAUGUCAGUGAAUUGCUGCCAGCACCAAAACCUUCAGCACAGUCGAGCAAUCCAGUGUUGGAGAAAGAGCCAUCUGUAGGUUUUCUCUCAAUUCCUUUAGAGAGUAAACUUGAAGAAACCAAUCGGAACCCUCCUCUUCCUCCUUUCCAGUCCCUGAUGGAGGUUGGGAAAGUCGACGUCUCUGAGUCCAGUGUAGAGGCAACUUCCUUAAAAGAUGACCAUGAACUUGGUGCUGAGUUUUCAGCACAUGCAGCAGAAGCAGCUCAUGCUCUUGAUACAGUGGAUGAGGCGUCAUUAUCUGGAGUGAAUACAGAUGGAUCUAGGUGGUGGAGGGAAUCUGGAAUAGAGCAAAGGCCCGAUGGUGUAGUUUGCAGGUGGACAAUGACCAGAGGUGUUAGUGCCGACCAAGUUACGGAGUGGCAAGAUAAGUACUGGGAGGCUGCGGAUGAGUUUGGCCACAAGGAGCUUGGUUCAGAAAAAUUGGGACGCAAUGCAACUGGAAAUGUCUGGCGUGAAUAUUGGACAGAAUCUAUGUGGCAGAACCGUGGACUUGUGCAUAUGGAGAAAACUGCAGACAAGUGGGGAAAGAACGGUAAAGGCGAUGAGUGGCAAGAGAAAUGGUGGGAGCAUUAUGAUGCCUCAGGCCAAGCUGAAAAAUGGGCUCAUAAGUGGUGUAGCAUUGACCCAAAUACACCCCUUGAGGCUGGUCAUGCUCAUAUCUGGCAUGAAAGGUGGGGUGAAAAGUAUGAUGGACAUGGUGGCAGCGACAAAUACACUGACAAAUGGGCGGAGCGCUGUGAGGGCGACGGUUGGGCGAAAUGGGGUGACAAAUGGGAUGAACAUUUCAAUCCAAACGGUCAUGGUGUGAAGCAGGGUGAAACAUGGUGGGAAGGUAAGUAUGGAGAGCGUUGGAAUCGGACAUGGGGUGAGGGCCACAAUGGUUCUGGAUGGGUUCACAAGUAUGGGAAGAGCAGCAGCGGUGAGCACUGGGAUACACACGAGCCGCAAGACACAUGGUAUGAGAGGUUCCCUCACUUCGGUUUCUAUCACUGCUUCGAAAACUCAGUCCAGCUCCGGGAAGUUCCAAAGCCAUCCGAUAGGCCAUAAAUCACCAUCUGUCUGAAGCGAACUGAAAAAGGCUCUCUAUAUACGUAAUUAUAGAUUCCCCAUACCUAAAUAAUGAAUGUAGUUAUCCUAUCAUGUAAUAUUUCUUCUAAGCUUUAGUUUGUUUGCAAAACUGAACAGAAUUACUUAUUCUUUUCCUUAUUAACUGCCACUUAAAUAGACAUAAGUUUGACAUGCUUUUGUGAAAAGAAGACAAGUUCAGUGAUGAAUGGGUUAAGCGAGUUGGUUAGGGCAA